AAGUACAUGGAGCGUUCUUUAUUAUUAUUUCUGUAGUCAAUAAAGUUUAAAUUCGUGUUAAUAUCACAUUAAUUUUUCGAUGAAAGUUGUUCUUUUUUACAGAGAAAAAAUAUUAUCAAUUCAGAAUGACUCUACUAGUUGAAAUGAGGCAUCACGUGAAGAGCUUUAUUUGCAUAUUCUAUAUUCGGUUUUUAACUAUUUUUGUGCCAAGUAUUUUUGAAAUGUAUGUGAUAAACAAAUGUGGAAAAUAAAUGUCUCUCCCCUUAUCUCCGAAGUUUGAAACGAGUGUUCUCAAAUAAUAACAGUAUAUGUACUGCAUAUGUAUAUUACAGGAAAAGAAAACGUUUGUAAUUAUUUAUUUAGUAUUUAUUGGAUAUAUAUGAUUUUUCAAUGGAUGAUAAUGUAAUGGUAACCUCGCCUGCGCUAACGGUGUACGUUGGCAGGGCACCAGUGAGGAUGAUAAAGCAAGUCAGCCCAUUGUGACGAAUUCAACGAUAAAUUAGUCACGAUGGUUUCCAGGGGGAUACCGCGUGGAGGUCGACCUGAUAGCAAUGGAGUCUAAGCUACCCAUUACUAACAAUCCCUUAUCCCCCAGAGGAGAGACCGAGUAGGCCGUGUCCACCCUAGAAUGCAAGAGAAAGACAUUUCUUCACAAAGACAUAUAUAUCUUAGAGUAUUUAUGUGUAAUUUUUAAAAGGCCAGCUCCCCCUAGUAAAUUAUUUUAAUUACGCCAUUGAUAUGAAAUCAUCAAAAACGAAGUUAUGUGGUCCAGUUCCUAAUUAAAAAUAUGGCCCAGAAUAAAAAAAAUGCAAUAAAUACAUAAAAUAAUACAUUAGGUAAUUUUAACAGAAGUUAUAUUGUUCUAAAAUAAUAUUAUACAUGUAUGUACAAAAACCUCGGCGUUUAAAUUCGUUUACCAUUUAACCGAUUUCAUUUUAAGAUGUUCCAAAAAAAAAUUACCGAUUCGACUCAUCUGCACUGUGAAAUCACAUGAAAUAAAAUAAAAAUUAUCUACCUACACCUAGCAUUAUCUAUCUACCUAUUUAUAAGUAUAACAAAUUUCAUUUUACAAUUCAAUAAUUUAAAUGUAAUAUAAUAUUAUGUACUUAUCUAAGAAACGUCUUUAAAAGCUUUUACAUUUUCUAUUUUUUUUUUUUUUUUUAUUUAUUAAAGGUAUACACAACAGGUUAAAAUCAAUAACAUUAUAAACAUUCUAUAAAGAUAAUAGAUUGAACUAGAUUGAGACCCAGACAGGUGUACACACAGCAUGGUUAAAGCAGUUAGCAAUGUUAAAUUAUAAAGUUAUAUAAAGAAAGCAUAUGAAAUUGGUAAAAAAACAGUGAAGUACACGCAAAUAAUAAAAAUAUAUAAAGAUAUGGACAUGUCAAAGAGACUUGAUGGCUGAUUGUAAAAUGCUUUUGAAGGUGUUUAGACGUAAGUUGAAGAUAUCAAUUUGAGGACAUUUCAUUUUCACAUUAUUAAUCAUUAAUCCUACCGAGUUAUCAAAUAUUUGUAGCCACGUAAGUCACAAAUAUAUAUGUUUUGGUUGGUGGCCAAAUGCCACACGCCAAGUCAAGCCAAUGACGAACAUCGAUCGCAUAAUUUGUGGAGCGAGGCCAACAUACUCAUAAACAAACAUUGGAUAGGCGCCCGCACCUGAUUGGCUGCCGAGCUCAGUAACGCCGGUAUUCUAGAAGUGUUACACGUAACAUUUGUUUUGAUUUCUUUACUUUCACUACUCUACUAACAAACAUAAUGGCCUGCUGGACCAAUGACGCAGUGUUAGAAUUUUUAAAUCUUUAUAGAAGAGAACAACAUUUAUGGGACCCAAAACAUCCGUUACACAGAAAUAGAAGUGAAGUCGCAAACGCGUGGCUCAGAAUACAAUCAUCUCUCAGUAUGAACUACUCGGUCGUUGAUCUCAAAAAGAAAAAAGAGUCCCUAAUGACAUCAUUUAGAAUGCACUUUAAUAAAAAAAAGAGAUCACCGGAGGCCUUUCAUACAACUUGGUUCGCUUAUCCACUAAUGGAAAGUUUUCUUGGCGGGAAAUAUGAAUGUGAUAGUACUAAUCAAAAUAUGGAACAUGAGUUUUACAAUAACGUUUCGACAUACACACCAAACGUGAACGUACAACAACCAAUAAUUGACGUCAACAGUCGAAGCAUGCCUGUAACGGAACGCACCAACCUUGGCAGCAGGCAAAAUAAACCGCAAACAAGCACACCAACCACAAAAACCCCCAAUACUGCCGGAUUAGUGUUUGUGAAGAAGCAAGAGGACGAAGAGGCUGGUACCUUGAGGAAUGCAGGAGACGAGAGGACAGAUAUGGACGAGUACGACCUAUACGGCCAGUUGUUGGCCAAAAAACUAAGAAAGUUGGACGAACACCAGCGGGACGUAGUGAUGCACGACAUAGACAAUAUAAUGUUCCGUGCAAAAAUGCAAAGUGGCUCCUCACAAACCAGGAGCUACUCGUCUUCACCGUCCCCCGUGCCCAGGAAGGUGAAGUCGCCAAUAUUCAUAGUGGCGCAGCAGUCUCACACACAGUAUGAAGAUGAAAACACUCCGUACCAGGAUCAUAUGCAGCCGCAGCCUCCUUCUUAGAGACAGCUUGCUUACUGACACGAUGGUACAUUAUUGUAACAGUGUUGCAAGGCACAGCACUUCGCUUAGGAAGUUCCAUUUUUUUAAUGGCUGAGAAUGGAAUGGUUACCCCGCCUGCGUUUUCGGUAUGCGCUGGCGUAGCACCAGUCAGAGAUGAUCGGUGAGGAUGAAAGCAGGUCAUUUAGUCCAUUGUAAUCAAUUUUAUAAGAAUAAACCAUGAUGGUUCCCAGAGGAUACCGUAUGGAAGUCGAUCUAAUAGGUUAUAUUGCUAGCAAUGGGGCUGUUAGAUCCAAUUACUAACAAUCCCUUCCCCCCAUAACAGAUUUUGUAACAGAGGGAGACUUUGUAAAAAAGUAAUUUGUUUGGGCACCUCUGUUCCAUUCGUGUUUCUACCGUAAAGCAAUUGUGUUUGCAUGGCUAUGUUUCGAUUUGAAGGGUGGGAUACGGCAGUGAAUUUACAGGGUACAGAGGAAUAACACCUUAGUCCUCAGAAAUGGCAACGCGUGGGGGGUAUCAUGGGUGAAACAGGUUACUGUUAUGUCCAUGGUAUUGCUCAUGUCUAUAGGCGACGGUUACCACUUUGCAUCAGGUGGUCGUCAGCUUGUUUGCCAUUCUAAGUUGCAUAAAAAAAAUACUUGUACAUAGCAGUGGUGUCAUUGAACCUAUAUUGUUUUCUAUAGAUCAGGGUAUUUUAAUUUAAAGAAGAAAGUUAAGAACGUUAUUCAAAUUAGCUACGAGAGCACUAUUUACGAAAAACUAUUCUGUCUAAUCGCCGUGUGUGCCCUGGCAUAGAAUGGGACACCCCUUCCUUUCGCGUAGGUGUCGUAAGAGGCAAUUAAGGGAGGACGAAGGAUGGGCAGCAACGUCCCUCUUAAAACAUCUCUAAAAGCCUAACUGCGGUUGCCAACCCGCUUGUCAAGCGUGAAAACUACUGGCAAAACUUCCCUUAUGGGGAAAGGCGUCCAGCAGUGGACAGUUAACGGCUGAAAUAAUAAUAAUAAUAACAUAUACAAUAAGUAAUGUGAACUAAAAGUAUGUCUUUAUAUUUAGAUAUUAUAACAAGUUCUUUUUUUAUUACAAAAAACAAGUUUGUUGACUAAUUUAAAAUAUUUUAUUAAAA